AGAGGCGGUGCUUGUGGCCGCGCGAGGGGUCCGGCUGCCUUGUCAGCCUGGUGUGGACGGGUGCAUGUGGGCUCUCCGCUCGCUGCUGCGUCCCCUUGGCCUGCGCACCAUGUCGCAGGGUUCUGCUCGUCGGCCGCGGCCGCCCAAAGACCCACUGCGGCAUCUGCGCACGCGGGAGAAGCGCGGCCCAGGCUGGGGUCCCGGGGGCCCUAACACCGUGUACCUGCAGGUGGUGGCGGCGGGCGGCCGGGACGCGGGCGCUGCUCUCUACGUCUUCUCGGAAUACAACAGGUACCUUUUUAACUGCGGAGAAGGCGUCCAACGACUUAUGCAGGAACACAAACUGAAAGUCGCUCGCUUGGACAACAUAUUUCUGACUCGAAUGCAUUGGUCAAAUGUUGGGGGAUUGUGUGGAAUGAUUUUAACUUUAAAGGAAACCGGGCUUCCCAAGUGCGUUCUGUCUGGACCUCCACAACUGGAGAAAUAUCUAGAAGCAAUCAAAAUAUUUUCUGGUCCAUUGAAAGGAAUAGACCUGGCUGUGCGGCCUCACUCUGCACCAGAAUACAAGGAUGAGACCAUGACUGUUUACCAGGUUCCUAUCCACAGUGAAUGGAGGUGUGGAAAGCAACAGCCAUCACAGAGUCCAAAAAGAUCUCCCAACAGGCUCAGUCCCAAACAGUCAUCGUCGGACUCUGGGUCAACUGAAAAUGGGCAGAGCCCUCCAGAGGGCAGCAGUGCAGGUGUCAACGGGAAAACAUGGGGCAGGGACCCCUCCUUAGUGGUAGCUUUUGUCUGCAAGCUUCACUUGAGGAAAGGAAACUUCUUGGUACUUAAAGCAAAGGAGCUGGGCCUUCCUGUUGGGACGGCUGCCAUUGCACCCAUCAUUGCUGCUGUCAAGGAUGGGAAGAGUAUCACUUAUGAAGGAAGGGAGAUUGCUGCUGAAGAGCUUUGUACACCCCCAGAUCCUGGUCUUGUAUUCAUUGUGGUAGAGUGUCCCGAUGAAGGAUUCAUCCCGCCCAUCUGUGAGAAUGACACCUUUAAAAGGUACCAGGGAGAGUCUGAUGCACCUGUAGCCCUAGUGGUCCACAUAGCCCCAGAAUCUGUACUCACCGACAGCAGAUACCAGCAGUGGAUGGAGAGGUUUGGGCCUGACACACAGCACCUGAUUCUGAAUGAGAACUGCCCCUCAGUUCACAACCUGCGCAGCCACAAGAUUCAGACCCAGCUCAGCCUCAUCCACCCUGACAUCUUCCCUCAGCUCACCAGCUUCUAUUGUAAGGAGGAAGGUUCUACCUUCAGCAUGCCGACAGUUCGGGGUGAAUGCCUCCUCAAGUAUCAGCUCCGCCCCAAGAGAGAGUGGCAGAGGGAUACCACUCUCGACUGCAAUACUGAUGAAUUCAUAGCUGAGGCCUUGGAGCUCCCCAAUUUCCAGGAGACUGUGGAGGAGUACAGGAAGAACAUGCAGGAAAGCCCAGCCCCAGCAGAGAAAAGAAGCCAGUAUCCUGAAAUUGUCUUCCUGGGUACAGGAUCUGCCAUCCCAAUGAAGAUCCGAAAUGUCAGUUCCACACUCGUCAACCUAAGCCCUGACAAGUCUGUGCUGCUGGAUUGUGGAGAAGGCACUUUUGGGCAGUUGUGCCGUCAUUAUGGACAGCAAAUAGACAGAGUCCUAUGCAACCUCGCUGCUGUGUUUGUGUCCCACCUGCAUGCAGAUCACCAUACGGGCUUGCUGAAUAUCUUGUUGCAGAGAGAGCAUGCAUUGGCGUCUCUGGGGAAACCUUUCCAGCCCUUGCUAGUAGUGGCCCCUACCCAGCUCAGGGCCUGGCUGCAGCAGUAUCACAACCAGUGCCAGGAGAUUCUGCAUCACAUCAGCAUGAUUCCUGCCAAAUGCCUUCAGAAAGGGGCAGAGGUCUCCAGUCCCCCAGUUGAAAGGCUGAUCAGCUUGCUGUUGGAAACAUGUGACUUAGAAGAAUUUCAGACCUGCCUGGUACGGCACUGCAAGCAUGCUUUUGGCUGUGCGCUGGUACAUUCAUCUGGCUGGAAAGUUGUCUACUCGGGGGAUACCAUGCCCUGUGAGGCUCUGGUCCAGAUGGGGAAGGAUGCCACCCUCUUGAUACAUGAAGCCACUCUGGAGGAUGGCUUGGAAGAGGAAGCAGUAGAGAAGACGCACAGUACUACCUCCCAGGCUAUUAAUGUGGGGAUGCGGAUGAAUGCCGAGUUCAUUAUGCUGAACCACUUCAGUCAGCGGUACGCCAAGAUCCCCCUUUUCAGCCCUGACUUCAACGAGAAAGUUGGCAUCGCCUUUGACCACAUGAAGGUCUGCUUUGGAGACUUCCCAACAGUGCCCAAGCUGAUUCCCCCACUGAAGGCCUUGUUUGCAGAUGACAUUGAAGAGAUGGUGGAACGCAAGGAGAAGAGGGAGCUACGGCUGGUGCGAGCAGCCCUCCUAACUCAGCAAGCAGACAGCCCAGAGAACAGAGAACCCCAACUGAAGCGGGCCCACACAGAGGAACCACACAGCCCACAGAGCAAGAAGGUCAGAGCCCAGUGAAGGUCUAAACCAUCCUGGACUGAAGGCUGUGUUCUCUGCCCUGUGUGGAAGCCGCAUCUGACAUCUUGGUGGGAGCCAGCGCACACAACUAGCCAGGAGGCAGCAUGGAAUCAGAGUAUGCAGUCCUCCAUGGCCAUGGCUUGGGGAGUACCCAUCUGCCAGGUGCCUCUGACGCCUGGAGGAGAACACAGUGGCAGGACAGGAGACUACUCAGUCGAAGACAGCAAGCCAGUCUUUAAAGAAGUCAUGGAAAUUGAGGUGUUUGCCCCUUACUCACUAGCACAGGGGUUUCUCUGCAUGCCAGAGUCAAGCCAUGUUACAAGUGAUGUUGGGUGUAUAUGUCCCAGGCUCCAAGAAUAGUAUUUGCAAGGACUCAGACUCAAUAAAGCUCGAGUUUGGAAUCCUGCUUCAGCGUGGGGUCUUCUGUGGGCUGGUUACCCAGGGAGGCCUGCAUGCUCCCGUGGCUGCAAGGAUUGUGGAGGCUGUUGUGCUCUUGGUACACCAUGAAAAUGAAAAUCACUAUGAAAGUAUGAAGAAAUGUCACCUUGGGCUAGAUGCCUGUUGGAUCUGAAAACAGGUUAGUGACUGAGACAUGGAAGGUGUUCAAAGUUGACUCUAACACUUAUAUAUUCUCCCUACCCAGGAGAACGUGGGAAGCACUUUAGAAACUCGAGUGUGAGACAGCAAGGACUUGGCCUUCCCUGGUGGCGAUCUUCAGACUUCCUGAGGCAGCACAGGAUGUUGUUCCUGCCCCACAGCCGUCACUGAAACAAGACCAUGUGCCAAGCUCAGGGUUAAUAAAUCUAUUUUAAUAACAUUACUCUUGACAACAGUUUGUACAUGUAUGUAAAGAUAACCUUCAACCCCCAGGCUCCGUUACAAAUUUGGGGACUGGACUGCCCUUGCCAGGAAGUGAGCAAAGCUGUAACAUCAAGUCUGCAGAUCCCACUCUCGGAGAAGGGUGAGUUUACGCUGCUGGGAAAAAUAACUAAGCAUUUAGAAGUUUUCAUUGUACACCUGUACAUAGGUUUAGAUUGAAUGGCUCAAAUUAAACAAAUAUAGAUUUCAUAUAUACAAAUAUAUCAUGUAUAGGUAUAUCUAUUUUCAGAGGAACAACUUUUAAACUUUGACUGUGCAUGCAUGGCCCAGAUCUGUUUCAUUCCCUUAAUCCCAAAGUGUGAACAGGCUCCCUGUCCCUUGCCCCAGGGCUGGGUGGGGCAUGGUGAGAAGGUGAGCAGGGUCUGCUGGUGAGCAACGCAGGCCACGCUGUGGGCUCGGUGUCCGCUGCCACCCCCUCUACCUGCUUUGGGAAACGGAAUUAUUGCUAGUCAGCUGUAACCUCCAAAAGAGGAGUAUCAGGCCCCACAUACCUACUAAGCUGGGUGCCUGAAUAUGAAAGUGCUCUAAGAUACCUAAUGUGUUUGGGGAACGUGGAGACCUACAUAGGGCCAUCUAUGUUCAAAUCCUCAAUUCAGAUUGUCAGCGUGGAGUAAAGGGAGCCUCAUCACAUGGGGGAAAGUAAAGCUGUCAGAAGUAGCUGUAUUAAGCUGUUUACUUUGGAGUUGUAAUUAAGGGUAGCCUGAAAGGUCUUUCUGGUUGGCCAGGACCCUGGCAGCAGGAAGAGGACAGACAAUGCCCAGGACUCCUCUUGCCCCAGUGAAAGGGUCUCCUCCUGUCUUGCUUCCCCUCUGGCCCUUAUGGUGUGCUGCAGGACCUGAUGUCCCAGUCAAGGCAGUAAGGGGACUCUCUCGCACCCUCAUCCUGCAAAGGCCAUUCUGACAAGCCCUUGAGUGGAGAGGUGGAUGCUGCUUGCCAUAGAGGCCAAAGAUGGAUCAAAAUAGGCACAAAGUCAAAAGGCAAAGGUCAAAAAAAAAAAAAAAAAAAAAAAAAGCUGGAAUCAUCACC